AUGGCAGCCCAGCGCAGACCCCAAGAGCGGACCGCCCACUCCAAGCCGUCCUCACCUCACCAGGGAAACCUUGACUGGCUCUGCAAAAGGUUUUGGGACAUGCUGCACAGCCGAGGAAUGACCUACUACCAUGAGGAAACAAUGGUAUCCUCGUGGAUCAGACCGGCGGCAAGAUGCAGCCAUUACAGGCGCAAACUCCAAGCCUUUAAUGCAGCGAUCCGACAACGCAGAUUCCAGAAAUCCUUAAGGCGGGAAAGGGCGCCAUGUCACCCCAACGCAAGCUCCUUCUUGCUGACACACAAAUCCAGGCCUACCAUACAAGCCCCACAGGCGUGUACUAACAUCCGGCGCAGCACGAUCCAGCUCACUACCGCCAAUGCUGCAAC